UUCGAUAUUCCCUAAUAAUUAUCUUGUUAACUUGUGUAGGUAGCUUAGAUUCAUUUUUAGAUUGAAACUUUUAGUGAGAAUGUUGACAUUUGUCUGCUAUGUUCUAUAAUAUGUCAAGUCCAGUAAAAAAUAUCUAAAUUGAUCAAAUUGAGAGAGAGUGAUAUUUGUCCGAUGUGUGAGGGACAAAACAGAUUGUCAACACCAAUUUCUGUCCAGGCAUUUUUUGGCAGAUUUUCUGUGGAUUGAAGCAAGGGCAUCCAAUAUCUCCGGAGAGCGAGGGAGCUACCGCACCUCUAUACCGAGGAUGAGGGAUGAGGCUGGGUUGUCAGUCUGAUGGGAGGUGACCUCUUAGAUUGACAGCCGCCGUUCUAUCCUACCCUUGUCCUCCGCCAACCUCCUUUAUAACCAGUCCGAAUUAAAUUCCGACCGGUAGGUCCUGCCAUCCUGCGGUCGAAUUUGGAAACUCUUCCUUGGCGGAUUUUCACUUGACGCGGUCCGUCUGUUGCGGCGGCAGUGGCGGCGGGGAGAAAAGCCGGUACGGUUCGUCAAAACUGACGUUUGGAGGUGCGGUGUAGGCUGGGAGAGCGGAGAGCCGUCCGUCUAGGCUCUUCAGUUGAAUACAAGACUGGCAUAUCUGUCAUCUAACUGCGCCUGAAUUCUCAUCCCAGAGUGUCAUUUUGACUAGUAUUACAGUGAAGGUUUACCUAUAAGAAAAUCUUGACACCUCUAUGUCAUAUCGAGUGACUAAAACGGAUGUAGGCCAAUCUGCAGAUUUUACCCCGUUUUUGGGAUAAAAAAAAAUAAUUCGCGGAUUUUUUCUUCGGCGGCAUGUGAAACAAAUCCGUAGAUCUGCCAUCAUCAGUCAAACACGUCGCAGAGUGAGGGGUGGUCCAUAGUGACAGAACAUACACAUCAAUUUUUUUGGGAAAAGCAACCGACAUUUAUUGUGAAGCCCCAAGGGCACAUCAAAAUAUAGAGAAGCAGUGAUUUUUUACAAAAUGGUUUUCUGAGAUAGAAUCCAUUAAAAUGUAUCCGUUGGUUAAACUGAAGUGAUAUUUUCUAAAUAUAUAUACUAGAGAAGAGGUUGAACAGAACCAACAAUAUAUAAAUAUAUUCUCAAACAUCGAUCAAAUUUUAAACUAUGACCAUGGCACAGCCUAGGUACGACGGGUGGCCAAGUGGUAUGGAGAUGCCCCCCAGCAGUAUGUAUGGUGACCACCGCGCUGCUCUAGAUACUAUUGCUGCUCACCAUGCAGCCGCAGCUCAACACAUGAACCAUUCAUCCAGUGUGGCAGCAAUGCACAAUCCUUAUGCGAACCACAAUCCUGCCUCUAGCGUACAGAACCACGUGAUGGGGGCACAGACCGGCGUACCAGACGUUCACAAACGGGACAAGGACGCCAUCUACGGGCAUCCCUUGUUUCCCUUGUUGGCUUUGAUCUUUGAGAAGUGUGAGCUGGCGACCUGUACACCUAGAGAUCCUGGGGUAGCAGGAGGAGAUGUUUGUAGCUCAGAGUCAUUUAACGAGGAUAUUGCAGUCUUUUCAAAACAGAUACGUGCAGAAAAACCUUAUUAUAUGGCAGAUCCUGAAGUUGACAGUUUGAUGGUACAGGCUAUUCAAGUUCUUCGCUUCCACCUCCUUGAGUUAGAAAAGGUUCACGAGCUUUGUGACAACUUCUGUCACCGGUAUAUCUCCUGUCUCAAGGGGAAGAUGCCCAUCGACCUCGUCAUCGACGAGAGAGAGGGUGGCAAGGGUGACUUGGGAGAUAGCAACAAUAAUGCAAACCGCUCAACUGCAGAUUCCACCUCACACACAGACGGAGCUAGUACGCCGGAUAUGGUGAGUAAAAGUUGCAACUUCCCCCUCAUUAUUUUAUUAUGUUUGCAACCGGUCUAUAUCCGAAAUGUCAGGUGGAAGGGCCUCAUGUUGAAAAAUCAUAUUUUCUUGUCCUUAAACUUGUGGAAAUUUAUUUCAAUUGUUGAAACUAUUUCAAGUCCUUGUAAAGGUUUUAUGUAAGAUCUCUCUAGAUAC